AUGACAGAGUUCGGACUGAAUUUUUUCAGGAUGAUGGCAGUCUCGGAACCGGACUCAAAUAUUUUAUUUUCACCUACCAGCGUCUUCGCCGGACUUUCUAUGUUAUCCCUUGCAGCUAACUGUAAGACAAAAAGCGAAAUAAAAGCAGCUCUAGGAUCAAAUAAAUAUCCGUUUGAAAGUUUUCAUACGUUAAUAAAGGAGUUGUACAAACAUUUCAAACGUUUUUCAAAUCGGGGUUCUUACUUCCUCAAUGAAAUUAAUACAUGGUACACUGAUAAAUCGAUUUCAGAUGCAGAAGCAUUUUUUAAGAAAUGUUCGAAUUAUUAUAAUUUUGAUAGAUCUACCCUUGAUCCCGAAAAAAACACACGCGAGGGUGAUUUUUUCACAAAUGAAAAUGAAGUCACGAAAAUUGAAUCCUUGUACGCUUCAGACAUGCUGCAAAACUGCUACUACGACGAGUACCUCAUGAGCCAAAUAAUGGAAAUUGAAUAUAAAGAUCACGCGUUGUCUCUCAUUGUAAUUCUUCCUGAUCACACAAAGACCAGCUUAGAUAUGGUUGGAAUAAAAUUAACAAAUUCGAUUAUUGACGGCAUUGGACAUGCCCUCAAAAACAAUCAGCACGUAUCGGACAUCUGGCUACCGAAGCUCACACUGGAUUGUGGUCACGAUAUGAUAAAAAACUGGAACAAUUUAGGAAUAUUUAAUGUUUUUGAAAAAGAUGACGCAGAUUUGAGCAAAAUGACAAAAAUGGAAGAAGUCUUUCUGGUAUCUUUCUUCCACAGAAUGUCUUUUAAAUUAACAGAAUACGGUACAUGUGUUUAUGAGACAGCCGCAGAGGUGAAGAAUAAAACGGUUGCAAUGACCUACAGCGAAACACCAUACAAAUUCAAAGCAGAUCACCCGUUUAUAAUUUACGUUCUAGAAAAGAAGUCCAACAUUGUUUUGUGUUUAGGAAAGUUUGUAAAGCCAUGA